AUGAUGCUGACCAGCAUUAUUAACUUACUGCAGACUCUGUGUCUGUCAGUCGGUGUCCACGCUGAUGUCAUGCAGAGCGAGGUCACCAAGACUUUGUGUGGACGGCUGAGAAUGGAGGUGGAAAGCAGAACAACAGAUGAGCUAUCUCCUCCAGACAGACUGGUGUGCAGGGAGCAGCACCGGAGCUGGUGUACACUGGGCUUCGUCCGGAGCAUCGCACUCAGCCCGCAGGCCUGUGGGGCCCUCAGCUCCCCAAAGUGGAUCAUGCUGCUCAUGAAGAUUGUGGAGGGGCAUGCGCCCUUCACUGCCACCUCCCUGCAGAGGCAGAUCUUAGCUGUCCGUUUACUACAAGCAGUUCUUCCAUCAUGGGACAAGACGGAAAGGGCACGGGACAUGAAGUGUCUGGUGGAAAAGCUGUUUGGCUUCCUGGGCAGCUUGCUCACUACUUGUUCUUCUGAUGUCCCAUUCCUUAGAGAAUCCACAUUGAGGAAGCGGAGGGCACGGCCGCAGGCUUCCUUGACUGCCACUCACAGCAGCACUCUGGCUGAGGAGGUGGUGGGGCUGCUCCGCACUCUGCACUCGCUCACCCAGUGGAACGGCCUCAUCAACAAAUACAUUAACUCCCAGCUCUGCUCCGUCACACACAGCUGCUCUGGGAAGACUCCAGAAAGGGCCCUGCUGGAGGACUACUUCCCAGACUCUGAGAACCUGGAAGUGGGGGGCCUCAGGGCAGUGCUGGCUGUGAUUGGAGGGAUCGAUGGCCGGCUGCGCCUGGGAAGCCAGGUCAUGCAUGAUGAGUUUGGAGAGGGCACAGUGACUCGCAUCACCCCGAAGGGCAGAAUCACUGUGCAGUUCUGUGACAUGCGCAUGUGCCGAGUUUGCCCGUUGAAUCAGCUCAAACCGGGUUUCUUCAUCAGCAACUCUUUGAAGGAUUUUGUGCCCUUUCUUCAGCUCCCUGUUGUGGCCUUUAGCCUAAACAACCUGCCUUUCACGGAGCCUAUGCUUUCUGUCUGGGCUGAGUUGGUGAACCUUGCUGGAAGCAAAUUGGAAAAGCACAAAACAAAGAAAUCAGCAAAACAGGCCUUUGCAGGACAAGUAGACUUGGACCUGCUACGCAGCCAGCAGCUGAAGCUGUACAUCCUGAAAGCAGGGCGGGCGCUGCUUUCCCACCAAGACAAACUAAGACAGUAUCUACUGUCUCAGCCCGGGACUCUACAUGCAGAUGAUGGAGCAGCUGCAUCCCCUGACCUCGGGGACAUGUCACCUGAAGGGCCACAGCCUCCGAUGAUCCUCCGGCAGCAGUUAUUGUCCUCAGCCACCCAGCCAUCUCCUGUGAAAGCCAUAUUUGAUAAACAGGAACUUGAGGCUGCUGCCUUGGCCCUCUGUCCGUGCUUGGCUGUGGAAUCCACACCCCCUUCCAGUGCAGGCUGUGAAGACUGCAGCUCCAGUGAGGCCACCACCCCAGUCUCUGUACAGCACAUCCAUCUUGCCAGGGCGAAAAAGCGCAGGCAGUCGCCAGCGCCUGCUCUGCCUAUUGUGGUGCAGCUCAUGGAAAUGGGAUUUCCUAGGAAGAAUAUAGAGUUUGCUCUGAAGUCGCUCUCCCGCACAUCUGGGAAUGCAUCUGGUUUGCCUGGUGUGGAAGCCUUGGUUGGGUGGCUACUAGACCACUCUGAUGUCCAGGUUACAGAGUUCUCGGAUGCGGACACAGUAUCUGACGAGUAUUCAGACGAGGAGGUGGUGGAAGAUGUGGACGAUACCCCAUACCCUGUGGCUGCUGGUGCUGUUGUGACUGAGAGCCAGACUUACAAGAAGCGUGCUGACUUCCUGAGUAACGAUGACUACGCUGUGUAUGUGAGGGAGAACGUUCAGGUGGGAAUGAUGGUUCGAUGCUGUCGAGCAUAUGAAGAAGUGUGUGAAGGUGAUGUGGGCAAAGUCAUCAAGCUGGACAGAGAUGGAUUGCAUGACCUCAAUGUGCAGUGUGAUUGGCAGCAGAAAGGGGGGCAGUCUGCAGUCUUCUGUGGCCGUUCCGGAAAGCAGCUGAAGCUCUGUCACAGCAGUCAGCCUGGAAUGCUGCUAGACAGCUGGUCGCGGAUGGUGAAGAGUCUGAAUGUGUCGUCCUCUGUGAACCAGGCCUCUCGUCUCAUUGAUGGCAGUGAGCCCUGUUGGCAAUCAUCUGGAUCCCAAGGGAAGAUCCUGCAGACAGUAGCUACAUGCCAUCCCUGGUCGUGGUGUCAGGUGGAAGUUCCUUAUAACCUAAUUGAACUAAAGACUAUUAAUAUCAACCAAACUGACACCACCGUGCCCCUGCUGAAUGACUGUGCCGAGUAUCACAGGUACAUUGAGAUCGCAAUAAAGCAGUGCAGGAGCUCAGGGAUCGAUUGCAAAAUUCACGGUCUCAUCCUGCUGGGACGCAUCCGGGCUGAGGAGGAGGAUUUGGCAGCGGUUCCUUUUCUGGCUUCAGAUAACGAGGAGGAGGAGGAUGACAAAGGCAGCACUGGGAGUCUCAUUAGAAAGAAGACUGCUGGGUUGGAGUCAACAGCUACAAUAAGAACCAAAGUGUUUGUGUGGGGCCUGAAUGACAAGGACCAGCUGUGUGGGCUCAAAGGCUCUAAGAUCAAGGCUCCUUCAUUCUCUGAGACUCUGUCUGCUCUGAAUGUGGUUCAGGUGGCUGGUGGAUCUAAGAGUUUGUUUGCAGUGACUGUGGAAGGGAAGGUGUACUCCUGUGGAGAAGCCACAAACGGCCGGCUGGGGCUGGGUAUGUCCAGCAGGACGGUCCCUAUUCCUCGGCAGAUCACAGCCCUCAGCAGCUACGUGGUCAAAAAGGUAGCGGUCCACUCAGGUGGCCGGCACGCUAGCCUUACAGUGGAUGGGAAAGUGUUCUCGCGGGGUGAAGGUGAUGAUGGGAAACUUGGACACUUCAGUAGAAUGAACUGUGACAAGCCAAGGCUGAUCGAGGCCCCGAAAACCAAGCGCAUCAGGGACAUAGCCUGGGGCAGUUCUCACAGUGCAGCCCUGACGUCCAGCGGGGAGCUGUACACCUGGGGCCUGGGCGAGUAUGGCCGCUUGGGACACGGUGAUAAUACCACACAGCUGAAGCCCAAAAUGGUGAAAGUCCUUCUUGGUCACAGAGUUAUCCAGGUUGCGUGUGGAAGCCGAGAUGCACAGACACUGGCUCUCACUGAUGAAGGUUUGGUGUUUUCCUGGGGUGAUGGUGAUUUUGGAAAAUUGGGCCAAGGGGGAAGUGAAGGCUGUAACAUUCCCCAGAACAUCGAGAGACUAAAUGGCCAGGGUGUGUGCCAGAUUGAGUGCGGAGCUCAUUUUUCCUUGGCACUCACCAAGUCAGGAGUGGUGUGGACAUAG